UCCUCUUCCUGACUUCCGCCGCCCUCGUGCCAGGAGAAACCAGUGGAGAUUGAGUUUACCGAAGUGGGGGUAAAUCUGGGUGUCGAACUCGACGGGGAGGCAUUGACCAGAUCGAGGUACCUGCCGGGACUGCCGAGGAUCUUAUUGUCGUGAGAGAAAAAGAAGGUGAGGCCAAAGGAGAGGGCGGAGGUGGUCUAGGUACUCAUCGAUUAGCUUUCCCAACCCCCUGCUCUAAAUCCAAUUGUUCAUCCCUCCCUUGCUCCCAAUCCUCCACACCAAAUCCCUAGCUCCCCCACUUUAGCUAAUGCCCUCAUCCACAUUUCCUCCCUGCCUACCUCAAUUUUACCAGCUAACCAUUCCCACCCUGAUCUGCCCCAAACCAUCCUUCCAAUUUCCCUAAGCCAAAACCACUCAACCCCUUAUUCAAACCCAGCAACUGAAGAAAAUCCCCAUGCUUUUGUCGUGUACGAGCAAAUUUGGAGAGACUACAUUUGAGCUUGGCAAGCUAAACAAUACCUCAUCCGCUUGGUUGAAGAAGCAUCGAGUUCUGCCGCCUACUCGAUUUGUCAACCAACAACCCAGAAGAUGAGACGGAGCAUCAAAUUGAAACACUGGCUAGGGAAGCGAAGUCCAACAAGCAGAGACCGAGCAGAUCUAAACUAAAGCUGGUGAACUAUAGAUUUGGUCCUCAGAGCAGCUCUCCGACUGCCCCCAGGACAAGAAAGAAACCCAACUCUUUCAGAGACUUUGUGCAAAGCGAGAUUACUUCUGGUAGCGAGGAAGAGGUAGAAGAAGAGGGUGGAGAUGGUGGAUUAAGUUAUUUAUUUAUUUCUUAAUAAUUAUAAAAAUGAGGUGGAUAUUGUAAAGUUUUUAAUUUGUAAUUGUCAUGUCACUAAUUUAACGGUCAACUAUCAGAAUUGACUGCCACAUCAACGAAACUUAACAGAGACUAACAGAGAGUGACCAAACUUAAACAGAAUAGUUACUUUUAGUGACCAUAAAUAAAAUAAAAUAACAUUUUUUUAGUGACCGAACGUGGAUUAAUUUACCCGUUUAUUAAAUUAGAUCAUUCGCUAAUGAGUAUUAUUUUCGGACCGGACCCCAUCUGUUGAUCUUCUGUCUUAGUAUCGGCCAUCUGUUUGUUCUUUUUAUUUUCCCAUUAGUUACAUUAUUAUUUUCUUCUUCUUCGUCCUCGUCGGGACAACUUCCAACCAGAAGCUCGUCGUGUUCUUCCUGCUUCCUUGCGCGGUCAAUCAGAAUCCAAAUCAUUCCCAUCACAACCUUCCCAGCUACCAAAAUCAAUUCAUAGGGUUUCUUUCCCGGCCAGCCGUGUAAAAAGAUGCGCUAUCUCGGGGAGGAAGUUCCUGUCGCUGGUUCUCAAUUAUCAAUCUCGGUUCUUCCCCAAAACCCUAAUUCAACUCUCACCCAUGGCGGGGCCUUCAAGAACGGCUCACCAGGAUUGUUCAAUUGGCUGUUCGAGUGCCACGGAUUAUUGCACAACGUCACUCUGAUUCUAGCUUCCCUCGGUUUCGUGCUCUACCUCGCAUUCCAGGCCAGGAAGAGCUUCGCCAAGCUCUUGAAUGGGAGAUCGCAUAUAAUGGUUGCUUACUACGGCAGUCUCUGGCUCGUCAGCUUGCUCAACCUCUGUUGGUCCCUCUUACAGGCAAUGGAAUGCACUCCUGGAAAGGAACAAACAUGGAAUGUGCUAUCUCUGUUCACAACAUCUGGAAUGCUGUUUUUGGAAGUUAGCUUGCUCGCCUUUUUACUCGAAGGCAAUUACGUGAGUGGGCUAGACGCAAUGACAAAGACCUUCGCUGUCUCGGCAAUUGUAGUUGGGCUAGACAUACUUCUCAAGGCACUAUACUUGUUUGGGUUUGGGAUUCCCUUGUUUAUCGACAUUGGCGAGGACUCUAAUCGUAUGAAGUGGGGCCUGUGGGUUGUCCAUCGGUUAGUUCUUACUGCAGUUUAUGGCUUCAUCCUUUUCAUGUAUCAUUCCAAGUGGAGGGAAAGGUUGCCUGCAAGACCUGCAUUCUACAAGUACAUCGUGAUCAUGUUUGGCUUGAACGCUCUUGCACUCUUCGCCUGUGGGAUUACUGGAAGUGGAUCUGGUUUCGGUUAUUGGCUGUAUAGCGCCACCAUAGUCUCCUACCAUGCCUUCUACCUCCCGCUGAUAUAUAUAACCUUUCUGGCAGACUUUUUCCAGGAGGAAGAUUUGCAUCUGGAGAAUGUGUACUACUCAGAGAUGAAAGAUGCCGGCUUCUUUGAUGCUGAUUGGGAGUAAAGGAUAUGUGAUGAAGAGCUCCUGAUCAAAGUCAAAACUCUGGCACUCAUGCUGCACAUAAUUAACUUCCGUUUUAACCAAGUAUGGUAAGAAAGAAGAUCCAGAACCAGAAUGUCCCAUAUAACCUGAAAGCACAUUUCAUUUCGUUUAUGCUUUCACAUAUAAAUUGUAGCUUCUUUCCCCAUUAGGCUCUUUCUAGCUUCUGUGCAUAAAAAAAGCUCCCAACUUUGGAUACUUUGUGCAAGGAUGAGCUUGUAAAAAUCUUUGGAUAUGACAGUUAACAAACAAACAAACGCAUUUCCAUGAAAGUUUCGCACACUAGAGCACUGUGUAUAACACUUAAAGAGGGGUUUUGUUUUCAAAGAGCACAUUUCUUCUAAUUUAUAGAGAUAAUAACAAGCAUGAAGCUGC